CACCCACCCGCGUCUUCAUCAAUCUUCACCCCGAAAAUAAAAAACCUCCCAUCGUCGCGUAUCGUACGCGUCUUCAAAUAUUUUCUCCCCAUCUACUCUCGAGGCUCUUCAUCUACCUCCUCUCCUGCCCACCAUGGGUCGCACCGUCGACCAGGAGGUGCACGCGGCAUUUGUCGAGUUCCGCGCCAAGGAAGAUGACAAGUGCCUCUCCGUCCAGUGCAUCUACUGCCAGCAGAUUCGUGCAAAGAAUACCUCGCGACAGAAACAGCAUCUCCUUGAGUGCCCCGGUCUUCGUGGUCACCCCAACGCGCCCCAGCCGAAUCAACCUUCCCAGGCUCCCAAUGGCAUUGGCCCUAGCAAUGGCUACCCCGGCACCCCCAAUGGCCCGACGGCCACUCCAGGCGGCCCUGGUAAUCCUUCCGCCAUGCCGACUCCCAACGGUGCCUUGAUGGCGAACGGCGUCAAUCCUCAUGCGACCCCGUUGCAGACCCCGCUCCAAAGCUUGAGCCGUCCUCCCAUGGCCACCCCGGGCCCGCCAACUGGUCCUCCCGGUUCCGCACCACCAUCCGCUGCGCCGUCGCGUCCAACCCCGAAGCCGAAAGUUAAGAACGCCGGCUCCAAUCUGCCCGCGCCGCCGCUGGACGAUGUGCAUGCGGCCUUUGUUGAGUUCCGCGCUAAGGAGGAGGAUAAGUGCCUCUCUGUUCAGUGCAUCUACUGCCAACAAGUUCGCGCCAAGAAUACCAGUCGUCAGCGCCAGCACCUGCUUGAGUGCCCCACUUACCUCAGUGUAAUGAAGGACUCGAUCCCCGCAAACAACCUGCUACACACUUUCCCCGAGGGUGACGUUGCACGAUCACUGCAGAUCCCCGCCCCGACGCUGGAGCUGGACUUCCGCAUGAGCAUCAAGAUGAACCCCAAGGUUACCGUCGGACAGAGCAUCUGGGGUGGUCGGGAAUGGGUUUCGUUCCUUGGUGGCCAGUGGGCUGGUCGUUGGGGCAAGGGCAUUGUUCUGCCCGGUGGUCAAGAUACUCAGAUCGUCACCAAGGACUUCACUACCAACCUGCGCGCAAGCUACAUGCUGCAAACUGCCGACGAGCCACCCGCAUAUGUGAUCGUCCGCGCCGAGGGAUGGCUCACUGGAGCCAAAGAUGUUCUUGAGAAAGUCAAUGACCCUGCUAUGGCUGAUGGUAUCAACCCUAGCAGCUACAAGUACCGCAUCAACUUGUCUAUGGAAACUGGUGAUGAGCGGUACACAUUCCUGAAUACCCUUAUGUGGGUUGGCAGCGGAUGCCGCCGUGGGCAAGAAGUCAUUUUCGAUGCCUUCCGUGUCAACUAAGCCAACCUUGGGUUGAUGUCCGCUGUUUUGCCGUUCUUGAGCGAUUGUCUGUUUGUGUUAUGAGAUGGGAAAAUGGUGUGAAACGUAUGUGUUUCGGUCUGUUAACGAGACGCUAGCCCUUGCCUUGAGUAGGCGAGGCCGCUGAUGUUUUGUCUGCGGACUUUAAUGCCUAUUUUCAAUUCCGCGAAUCUCUUCUCCACUUUAUUCCUUUCUGAUGUACCUCUUAUCUGGACUUUUCAUGAUUAGUUCAGGGCUAGGAUCCCCGGUAUUGCUUGACAGAUAGUAUGGUUAAACGUCCGAACUUUCAUGCGUUCUGUGUAUUUUUCCCGUGGCUGAGUUAAGCUUAAACGACGG